AUGGCAGCGUACCUGCAGAUGUUUUUAUUUAUAUUUAAAUCAAAAUAUAGACGGAAAUGGGAUCUCGGACAAACUAUUGUGUGUCUAUGUUUAGUUCUUUUCUACUCCUUUUGUGUGCAAUGCAAGCCGAACUGCAGUGAUGUGCAAUGUAUUAAUGGCGAAUGUGUGAAUGGGACCUGUGUCUGCAACGAAGGAUGGCAAGGUUCUGCCUGUCAGUUUUGCGGUGGGAAAGUCAGGUUGUCGGAGCCCAGAGGUACUAUACACGAUGGUUAUGGGAACUACUCCAUCGAUGUCAAGUGCAGCUGGCUAGUAGACAGUGGGUCCCCAAACACAUCCAUCCAUCUUCAUCUCGAGGAAUUCGCCACAGAAUGUGGUUGGGAUCACCUCUACAUAUUUGAUGGUGAUAGUGUUCAUUCACCUCUUUUAGGUGUAUUUAGUGGACUCAUGUACAAAGGUAAUUAUAGUGUGAGGCGCAUACCAGAAAUUGUUGCGCACUCUGGCUCUGCACUUAUUCACUUUUAUAGUGAUGUAGCAUAUAACAUGACUGGGUUUAACAUCACCUACAGAUUUAAUUCUUGCCCCAGUCGGUAUUCUCACUUAAAUUGUUCAGGGAAUGGUGUUUGUAUUGAUGGUGUUUGUACUUGUGAUGCCCUGUACACUGGCCCCGCUUGCGAUGUGCCAAAAUGCCCCAACAAUUGUACCGGCUUUGACCAUGGUUAUUGUAACCUGGAAAAGCAUCAAUGUGAAUGUUAUGGGAGAUACAGAGGGGAUGACUGCAGCCAAAUGGCAGAGCUUGGCUUUUGGGAAGUUUUGCAUCCUAAAGAUUUUCAACCUGAGGGAUCUGCCUCACAUUGUGCAGUGGUCUGGAAAGAUUCUCUGUACAUUGUUGGGGGAGAGUCAUACCAUAGGGCCAAAAUGUUGUACACCUACGACUUCAAUGGUGAAGUUUGGGAGACCCCUCAGAUGGAAUACAAAAACGCUCCUCGGCCGCGCUAUGGCCAUUCCUGUGUGAUGUUUGGGGACAAAAUAUUUAUGUAUGGAGGUGUUGAAAUAUCAGGUGAAGUUUCAUCUGAUCUUUGGGCUUUUGAUGUUAAUGCCAAAACUUGGGAAAAUAUAACAGUGCGUUCAGAGUCUUGCAACACAACGGGUAACAGUAGUCUACCCUGUGGUCCCUUGCAGUCUGCUGGUCACACUGCCACUCUCGUGAAUAAAUCUCAAAGACCUGAUCGAAUGGUCAUCAUUUUUGGGCAUUCUCCUAGAUAUGGUCACCUGCAUACUGUUCAGGAGUUUAUUUUUGGCACGAGAGAAUGGAAUGUUGUGAAAACGCGUGGUUAUCCUGUAAGAGGUGGCUACGGACACUCGAGUGCCUUAGAUCCCCUCACUCAACUUAUUUAUGUUUACGGUGGAUUUAUCUAUGAGAAUUCACUCAUACUGAGUAACAGACUUUACUCAUAUGAACCAAACAGUAGAACUUGGCGACUGCUCAUGUCUGCUCCAUCUGGACGUUUUCUGCACACUGCAUCGUUCAUCUCUGGAGGCCUGAUGAUUGUUUUUGGUGGAAAUACGCACAAUGACACUGCCCACAGCCAUGGUGCCAAGUGCUACUCUUCUGACCUCCUGGCUUAUGAUGUGCUGUGUGAUUCUUGGUCCCCACUACCUCUACCACCUCGAGGUCUAUCCCGAGCCGAUCUUGCUCGGUUUGGUCAUUCAGCAGUCAUGUUUGAUGGCUCUCUCCAUAUAUAUGGAGGUUUUGAUGGUCAGAUGCUGUCUGAUAUACUAAGGUAUACGCCUGGUAUCUGCAGUAGUCAGAUUGCAAGGGAGACCUGUGUUGGCUUUCGAACAGGAGUGAAAUGUGUGUGGAAUCAAAGAGAUGAACACUGUAUUAAUGCCUCCACUGCCUUCAAUAAUAGGCCGCUAGUGUUGCACUCUGAUGGUAGAGAUGAGGAGGCUUAUGAUAAUGGUUUCAGCAUAUGCCCUGAAGAAGGACGAGCUGUCAAAGCUGCUGCUGUUGUCAUGCAUGAAGAGCUGUGCAAGAGUUACUCUGACUGUUCAUCUUGUGUACAGACAUCUUACUCUUGCCAGUGGUGUCAGGGUCAAAGUAAAUGCAGCUAUCGCGGAGAAAGAUGCAAAAAUUCUCAUCCAGUGAACAGUAACAACAUAGAGUAUAGUACUAAUGUGUUGGAGCCAAUUCGAUCCCUUGAUCAGUGUGAGCCUGAAGAUGCCUCAGUUUGUCCUCCUCCCCCCAACUCAUGCCAUCGAUGGGAUUAUGAAGUGCACUGUAAUAGCUCUGUUGAUUCCCAGCAGUCACAACAAGAACUGUGCAAAUGCUCUGACUUGAAAUCCUGUUACAAUUGCACUCGAGAUGAGUGCAUAUGGUGUCAGAAUGAAGGUCGAUGCAUUGAUAAGAACGCAUAUACAACUUCCUUUCCUUAUGGCCAAUGUCGAGAAUGGACAACUCAGCAGGCAAGGUGCCGUUCAACUGUCUCUGGCAAGUCAUCCUGUAGCUUCUACCUGACUUGCGCCGAGUGUCGUGAUGACCCUGCAUGUGGCUGGUGUGAUCAUGGUUCAGGUACUGGGCUAGGAACAUGCCUUCCUGGAGGCAAUAUGGGACCAGAUCAUGAUUACACAUGUCCUGCUCGCAAUUGGUAUUUCACUGAUUGCCCAUUGUGUCAAUGCAAUGGCCACAGCACAUGUCCAUCCAACUCAUCAAUGUGUAAUCAGCCAUGUGGAAACAUGACUCAAGGAGAAAAGUGUGAACGUUGUGUACCAGGCUAUUAUGGAAUUGCCAUUAAUGGUGGCACAUGUAGUCCUUGUGAGUGCAAUGACCAAGGCACGCUAUGCAACCAAGAAAAUGGGAAGUGCUUUUGUACAACAAAGGGCAUCAGUGGGGAUCAUUGUGAAAGAUGUGACACUGCAAAUCAUUACCAUGGAGAUCCUACAAAUCAUGGGUCCUGCUUUUACGACCUGACCAUUGAUUAUCAGUUCACUUUCAACCUCUCAAAGAAAGAAGAUCGGCACUACACUCAAAUAAAUUUUAAGAAUAGCCCUCCUAAACCAGAUAUUGAUGCUGACUUUACCAUCACAUGCUCUGUCAUGGCAAAAAUGAACAUCACAAUCAAAACAGCCAAGGAGGGAGAGCGGCAAAUUUUAGUCGAUCACAACUGUACUACUUUCCGCACUCGAUUCACAAAGGCAGAACAUAAUUUUGGAAUGGAAGAAAAUGUCACCCUCACUACCUUUUAUGUUUAUGUUUAUGACUUCCACACUCCUUUGUGGAUUCAGAUUUCAUUUUCACAAUACCCCAAGCUCAAUCUGCAGCAGUUCUUCAUCACCUUUUCAUCGUGUUUCCUUUUACUACUACUUGUGGCAGCAAUUUUAUGGAAAAUCAAACAAAAGUAUGACAUGUAUAGAAGACGCCAGAGAUUAUUUGUUGAAAUGGAACAAAUGGCAAGUCGUCCUUUUUCACAAGUUCUCGUAGAGAUAGAGAGGCGAGAAAAGGUUGUGGAAACCAACGCUGUCGACACUGAUACUCAACAAUCAUCAAUUGCGUCGCUGAGGAAAAGGAAAAAGAUGUCUCGUCAAGAUUCUCCUAGUCCUAUAGCUUUGGAGCCUUGCUGUGGUAAUAGAGCUGCUGUUCUUUCCUUGCUCAUAAGACUUCCAACUGGUAGUGAGGUCUUCACUCCUCAAGGACAAUCAGCUGGGUUAGCGAUAGCUUCAGCUCUUGUGACUUUGGGAAACCCAAGAAAAGUUAGUGUUGAUCCUGCCAACAAAUGCGACCAGAAGUCCUCCAAGUCACGAAAGUCUGUUUCAAGCCAGCACCCAGAUAGCUGCAUAUGACUGUUUUCAGUCGAAUAAAUUAUUUAUUAUUUUUUUAUAUCUCCUUGAAGGGGCAAACCAUGUUUUCCUCAAGAGGAUUUGUUGUGAUCAAGAGUGUCAUUGUACUGAUAAUGAGAGGGAACUGACUUUAGGGUAUGUAGGGUAGAUGCCCAUAGUGAGAAUUGUUGUUUUAUAAGUAUGUUAGAGGACUGACAAGUGAAUAUCUGAUUGUGUGUUGCUGAGUAUGUGAUAAAUGUGUAUUCUGGUAUGUGUGAAUUUGUGUGUGCUAUCGUGAAUGUUUGUAUGACUGUGUGUGUAUGUAGGUGCGUAAAGGUAUGUCUGUUAAUAUACCCAUGCUUUUAGCCUGGGACUUAAGAGCUUUUUGUGUUUCUUUCUUCCUUCUUGUUUCUUUUUAAAAUAAUUAUGAAUAUAUAUAUAUAUAUAUAUAUAUUAUAUAUAUAUAUAUAUAAAUAUAUAUAGGGACUAUACUGCUAUGUAUGUCUUCAUUAAACAUUUUCACAAAAUUGAAUCAAUAAGUAUAUUAAAUUUGUAAGGAAAGCUCCACCAUUUGUAUGUUCUAAAUUUUAAAUUUAUGUCUCACUGUAUGUGUCCAAACACAUGGGUGUACUAAUCCAAAGAUUCUAGAGAUGCUUCUUCAGACCCAAUUAAUGGGCAUUACAAUUAGUAAUUCUAUGUUUUGAGCUGCAGUGGUGCUUCCAUUACUUCUAAUUUUGUUGUUGGGCCAUUGCUGAUGUCCCAAGUAACCAAUUCCAGUGAAUCUGGUUACUCCCUACGGUUGUAUUCAUCAUUGUAUGAACAGUGCUGCCUUUAUGUCUUCGCCUCCCUUUACAUUGCAUCUUUAAUUGAUCGCCAAUUGAGGCUUAUUUCUUACAAUCAGUAUUUAGAAAAUGCAGCUUAUUUAUUGUUGUCAUGCCAACUAGCUCUCUUAGUUUAAAAUUCGUUUUGCAGAGCAUUUUUUUUUGUGUGGGAAAUGUUGACAAAAGACGAGGACUUGCUCUCUUUCUAUUCCUCCCUUUGACGUGAUGGUUUAAGACUGAAAAUAUCCCUCAGAAAGACUUCUCCCCUCCUACUUCCUUUCCUGAUUUCUCAAUCUGUUAAAGGGUUUUAUUUAUUUAAUUUAUUUUAAUUGGGAAAUUUGCUAAUGCUGACCAUGGUGUGUUAGGAUUAAUACACAUGUGCACAAACCAGGAACCUUUUUCUGAACUAUGAAAUCAUGUCAAAAUAAUUUGUUUGGUUUGUAGGCUUUCAAGAAACAAAACUGCUUUCUAUGAAGAACUUCUUAAAAUGAAUGAGUUGUUUUGAUUUGUCUGUAAAUAAGUGCAAUGUGGACAUCAUAUCCCUUUCAUGCCUGGUUAAUUUCAUGUAGGGAAAGCGUUUUAUAAUAAGUUUCACAGAAACAGAGAGUUGUGAUUUGUCAUUUAUCUUAUGUUUACUUUGGACACACAUACACUUUACACCCUGUGUUUCUUUGGCAAAUUAAGCUAGAAUGGGAACUAGGCAUGUUGCUACUCAUGCACAAUAAAAUAUUGCUGUAACAUCUCAUUACUUAAAUUGCAUGUGAGUAAUCUGCUCUGUUACCUUCAUAAGUCAUCAUGUGCAUAUCAUAUCAAACACCUAUUUAAGUAUUUGUUUUGAACUUGCUGGCUUCAGUGUUGCUAUCAUUUGUAUAGACUUUACCAUCCAAAUUACACACUAUUUAUUUCAUUGAUCAUUUGUAAUAUAUGUAUAUGAUAUUACUGUAUCAUACAUACUUAUAUCUUGUGAGGCACCUGUGUUGAACAGUAUUUUAGAAGUGCUUGCAAUUGGAAAUUUAUUCAAGUUACUUUGAAAAAUUGUGAGAAAAAAGAAAGACUUGCAGUGUGCUGGGUGUUCCCUGUGAGGCUGAACCUUGUACAUGUGAGCUCUUUAAAAAAAAAAUCUUUCUCCAUUGUUGAUGAUAUUGAGAAACAUGACAAAAUAUGAUGAUAACUGCCAGUUCUAGUUUAAGUUGUGCCUUCCUGUGUGUAGGAGAUAUUACUUAACUUUUCUCUUCAGUCUCAUGUUUUGUCACUCAAUGUUCUUUUAUUAUUUUGCCUUUGAGUGCAAUCUGUGAUUCUAUGAUGCUUAUGUUACAGUGGGCCUUAACUCUGUAAUGUUAUACAUUUGUUUUGUAUGUGAUCCCUUGGUGAAAUGAGAGGUUUAUUAUUAUUAUAAAUAUUCUUUCUGGAGUUCAUUCAGGGAAGCACUUCUGCACCUGAUGCUUUGGAAGGCAUUGUAUUAUAAUAAUUAAUUUGUUAAUUUUAAUAUUUUUAGUGAUUUCAAAUUUGUUUUUUUCUAAACUUUAAGGAAACAAAUGCAGUUUGUCUGUUUGCUAGUAAAUAGAAUUGGCUUGCUGGUCUCAGUCACAGGCUUGGUUAUUUUAUGGUUGAAAGCAUCUAGUCUUCUUCUGUGUUGGUUGUGUUCAGUAUUCAUAUCCAUUAAAAUGCGGAAGCGUAAGUAGUACCCUUCCAAUCAAUUCAUGUAUGCAAUUCAUAUAAUCAGUGCUCCAUAUGCAAUUUAGAUGUUGAUUAUUUUGCUAGUUUUGUCACCCUGUUUCAUUGCCCUUUCAGUGAUUUGUGAGUCAUUCAACUUUCCGUCAUCAACUGUCGUAGAACUUGUCUUUCUUAGUUAAAUUUCUGGACAUAUGUGGCUUUGUAAUUCGCUCACCAUAUUGUAUUUAUGUCUACUGGUCUUUCCUCCCUGCUCAUCCCUUGUCUUUUCCAUAAGCAACAACAAAAAAGUAUAUUUAUUUUGUCUUCCUGUCUUACAUGACAUGAUAGAAAAAGAAAUAUCUGAAUUACUUAGUGGAAGGACAAAUUUUUUUUGUGUGCCCUGUAAUUUUUAUUUUAACCAGAGGACUGACUUAUGUUUCAUGUAGUGUUUUUUCAUUAGAACUUUCUCUAAUGUGAAGGUUUUCUUUGAUUUUACCCUUUGCUGUAGCCAGUUUUGAACACACAUGUGUGGUUAUAAUUUUGACAGCUCAAUUUUAGAUAAUUGUUACAACAUUCAAGAAAUUUUCACUCUCCAAUCCUUACAAGCCCACAAGUCGAGUUGCUAUCUUCGAGUGUGGAAAAUGUGUUUGUAUCACCAGCAAAAUGAUUUAGUCUAUGUUCACAAAUUUACCUCACACAAGACACAAUCUUUUUAUGUAAGACAGUGUACUAUGUAAAUAUGUAUGUGGCCACUCUCCUUUUUAUCUUGUAAAGAUUUUGAUAAUGAAAGUGAACUUGUUUUGCUGGUAGUACAUGGCACCAUAUCUCAAAACAUUCCCUCUGUAUUUGUUUACAGGCCAUGUCAUUGCUGGAAAUAAUCUAAUUAAGGCGUUUUGCAUUUUUGCCAGUUUUCAGAUUUGAGAUUUGGUCUGCUUGUCUUCUAUUUAUUCCUAAAAGCAAGCUUAUUUAGGUUUGUGUACAGGUAUUGCAAAUGUAAAGAGAUUCCAUAAACAUGAUGUACUCAUAAUAAAUAUUUUUUAUCAUUA